AUGUUUAACGGCGGCUUUGAUGACGAUAACCCUUUUGCUGGUGGAUACUUUGGUGGUCUUGGUGGACACGGCAUGGGUGGCAUUAUGAACCCCAAUCGAGGUUUCUCAGAGUAUUAUCGUUGCUAUCCGAUCGCCAUGAUGCAAAGCGGCAGCGAUAGAGAAAACGUCAACUAUGGUGGCAAGAUCAUUUUGCCACAAUCUGCCCUUGAGAAGCUCUCGCAACUCAACAUUUCAUACCCGAUGCUCUUUCGAUUGAUCAAUGCCUCCAAGAACAAGUCGAGCCAUGCUGGUGUACUUGAAUUUGUUGCUGAAGAAGGACGUGCAUAUCUUCCACAAUGGAUGAUGGAGACACUAGAGUUGGAACCUAAUGAUUUGAUCGAAGUCAAGAAUACCACAUUGCCCCUUGGAUCUUUUGUGAAAUUGCAGCCACAAUCAGUCGACUUUCUCGAUAUUAGUGAUCCAAGAGCUGUGUUGGAGAAUGCAUUACGCAACUUUUCUACAUUGACUCUCGGAGAUAUGAUCCAAAUCAACUACAAUGACAAGGUCUUUUCUAUCAAAGUGCUCGAUGUCAAGCCCAACUUUGAAGAGCAUUCGGGUAUCUCAAUUGUUGAAACGGAUCUCGAGGUCGAUUUUGCUCCUCCUGUGGGCUAUGUAGAACCCAGCUCACAAAGAUCGACCCCAUCCUCCACUAUGAAAAGCCAAAUGCUUUCGGAUGAAAUCCUCAAGCCCAAAAAGACUGGAUUCGCUGUGUUUGAAGGUUCUGGUCGAUCAUUACGUGGGAAAGGAAAAGAAGCUGCAAAAUCUAAGGAUACCAAGGAUAUGGAUACGGAUGAACUUGAGUUUGAUCCCAAUGAUGAUGGUCCUUUGAACCUCCCUUUUGGUCAAUUGUUUUUCGGCUUUCCAGUGGUGCUGCCAAAGCGACCUGAGGAUGAAGAAGCAAACAAGGCGUCACAUGUAUUCACAGGUGCAGGCCAAACUUUGCGAAGCAAAAAGAGUUCAGCACAAAAGACGUCCAGUAGCAAACGUGAUGGUGGGUCGUCGAGAUAA